AGAACUCUUAUCGGAGCUUCGUUUUUUGGAUUCAUACGAUAGAAAAUGUCGGAGGGAAAGAGAGAUCACCCGAGGCUGAUUCUCCACAAUUUCAUCACCCCGGAGGAGUGCAAGGAGCUGGAGUUCAUACACAAGAGCUGCAGCACCGUUGGCUACAGACCCAACGUCUUCUCCACCACUCUCUCUCACCUCAUCGCCACCAAUUCUCCUCAUCUCCUCAUCCCUUUCGUCUCCAUCCGAGAGAGGUUGAAAGAGAAGAUGGAGGAGACGUUUGGGUGUGAGUACGAGCUGUUUAUCGAAUUCACAGGCUUGAUUAGCUGGUGUAGAGGAGCUUGCAUUGGCUGGCACAGUGAUGAUAACAGACUAUAUCUCAAACAAAGAGACUUCUCUGUUCGUUUCUUAGUCUAUAAAGUCGUUCUUGUUCAUGAGGUUUAUGUAAAUGACUUUUUUUUUAUAUUGGUUUUGAAGGCAGUUUGUUACUUGAAUAGUUACGGUAAAGACUUCAAAGGCGGCCUUUUUCGUUUUCAGUGUGGGGAACCAGCAACCAUAGCCCCCUCCGCUGGAGAUGUUAUCAUGUACACUGCUGAUGACCGCAAUAUUCAUUCUGUUGAUGAGGUAACAGAUGGGGAAAGAUUGACUCUUGCUAUGUGGUUCACCCGGGACUCAUCUCAUGACGAAGAUUCCAACCUCAUUUCCCGUCUUUCUCAAUGCUCAUCUCCCGAGUUUCCCCUUCCUCUGCCUGCAUCCGCUAACAUGUACUGGUUCUCCCCUCAUCAAAACGCUAAUCUAAACACAGGUUUUGACAUCUGCGUUGCGAGGUUGCAUCUUCUUGGUUUUGGCAUACAUAGCUUACAAGAGGAAGAUCGUUCUCUAGAUGCCUCUGAGCAACUCAUGGGACCAAUACAACUAGCUAAAGGAGGAGAGUUGCUCGUCAGGAAAUUUACCAACGUUCUUCACGCUCUUCAGGUUGUUCAGUUCUGCAAUUGGAAAGCUUCUGAACUCAAAACCUCCAAGGUCGGAUAUGACGCUGUAGAAGAGGUGAAAGCUAUCUCCCAACCUCAGUUGGAAACCAUCAAUGCCUUGAAUUCAGUUUUCCUGCCAGAUAAGGGCCUUGUAACUACAAUCUUUGGAUGUUUAUGUUCCAAUGGGGAAGAGAAGGGUUCACUUAACUUGACUGAUGUCUCAUCGGCGAUUACCUCUUGGGAAGAGUAUACUUGUAAGCUACUCAAGGAGCUAUUGUCAUCCUUGCCUCAAUGGAAAACGUAUCAGACUAUACACAGAGUCGAAUCCGGUUAGAAAUUUAUCUGAGUUAACAGAUCUUGAUGGUUCUUAGGACUUUUAGACCGGACUGUUGUUUGGUUUGUUUUUUCGUUUACUUUUGAAUGUUAGAGUUUUCGUUGUGUUACAAUUGUUAUUUGUAACAAAAUAUAAAGAUGAAAAAUAUUUAAAAUUAAAAUGUUGGUAACGAUAUUCAUAACA